AUGGCCGCGUCCGGUUUCACCCCAGUGGUCUAUACCCGGAGCUCCACCCAGACAGACCAACCGAUCGGCGGAUCCCACAGAGGACUGCUGACCUUCAGGGAUGUGGCCAUAGAAUUCUCCGAGGAGGAGUGGGGACGCCUGACCCACACUCAGCGGCAACUGUACAGGGAUGUGAUGUUAGAGAACUAUGGACAUCUCCAUUUCUUGGGUCUCCUCCUGUCAAAGCCAGACCUGAUCAUGUUUUUGGAGCAAGAGAAGCAGCUCUGGGAUGUGAAGAGAAAGGAGUCCAGAGGCUUCUCUCCAGGUAGGUGGGAAAGAAUGAGGCAGAUGACAGGGGAGGUCCAAGUCCUAAGGAGGAAGGUAGACCUUAAAAUGUGGUUCUGGUAG